AUGCCAGAUAAAGUUCAGCGUACAAGAUGUUUAGCUAUAGAUACAAAAAUUUAUCUAUCUAUCUAUCUAUCUAUCUAUCUAUCUAUCUAUCUAUCUAUCUAUCUAUCUAUCUAUCUAAGUUUGUUCAUAAUCUAUCUAUUUUUCUCAAUCUAUUUACUGGGGUGUGUUCAUAAUCUAUCUAUCUAUCUAUCUAUCUAUCUAUCUAUCUAUCUAUCUAUCUAUCUAUUGGAUGUGUUCAUUAUCUAUCUAUCUAUCUAUCUAUCUAUCUAUCAAUCCAUCUAUCUAUCUAUCUAUCUAAGUUUGUUCAUAAUCUAUCUAUUUUUCUCAAUCUAUUUACUGGAGUCUGUUCAUUAUCUAUCUAUCUAUCUAUCUAUCUAUCUAUCUAUCUAUCUAUCUAUCUAUCUAUCGCAUUCUGCUCACCUUUUUGGAUGUGCAAUUCUGUACGGACGCAUAAAUUUAAUACUCAUACUAUCUAUCUAUCUAUCUAUCUAUCGUAGUCUUGUCAUAUCUAUCUAUCUAUCUAUCUAUCUAUCUAUCUAUCUAUCUAUCUAUCUAUCUAUCUCAGUCUAUUCAUAUCUAUCUAUCUAUCUAUCCCUGCAUUCACCACACUUUACCUAUCUAUCUAUCUAUCUAUCUAUCUAUCUAUCUAUCUAUCUAUCUAUCUAUCUAUCUAGACCGAACCCGAAUAUAACAAAGCAGAUAAAUUGUCCUACUAAUAAUCCACAUCUAUCUAUCUAUCUAUCUAUCUAUCUAUCUAUCUAUCUAUCUAUCUAA